AUGGGAAAAUCUCCUCGUUUUAUCCACGAGUGCCCGAACGUGGAAAACACAUUGCCUCUAGAACUAUUCCGAGCGCAGUCUCCGGCUCGCUACUCACAGGGAGACGGCGACAAGAUGGUCCUCUAUGCUGGGAAUGGUGAUUGCAGCCUUGAAAUUCUCGCCACCAGCAGCAUACAUGUACACGAGAAACUACGGGCGGCGGGCUCUUCCGUGGCUGUUUUCGUCCUUGACACGAGCGUGGUGUUAUGGUUUCUGGGCAUGCAGGGAUCCACAGGCCUCGGGGUAGAAUUGCCAUACCCGCUGAUAGCUUUGCAUGCUCUCAAGGAUGUGGAGGGCGAGUCGGUGUUAUAUCUCCAGGUACUCUCGUGUGAGCUUUUCCAGAGCGUGGCCGUCUCGGAAUACACGCAGACAGUGGAGCUUAUCUUGCGGGCCGGCCGGCCGGGCCAGCAGACGAGCCUGCUGUUUUACUCGCCGCUCUUAGUGGCGCCCUGUGCCGUGCCACAGUUAUACGAGGCCUUGGGCACGUGCUCCGCCUUGCACUACGACUCGGAGCCUGAAUCCGAGACCGAUGGCUUUGGCGCGGACCACGAAUGGAUCACCGCAGACCACGAAUGGAUCACCGCGGACUCGGGCCCCGGCCCCCAGCUCGAGAUGCCUGCAAGCUGGGUCAAUAGCGGCGAUGCGGACGAUCUUGGAAUGGCCGACCCCAGCGAAGAAAACUCGGACGGAGAGGCGGGGAUGAAUGUCGCAGUUGGUUAUGUGACGGUGGCCGGUGUGGUGCGGCGCCGGUCGUCGGUGUCGCGCGAGGCGCAGAAGCAGAGACGGAUUGGCUGA